CAACGUGUAUGGACGAGAGAGACGCAAACCUAUCAUCCCUUCCACGUCAAAUUGUCCGCCAAUCCUGACGGACAUCCAAAAUCCUUGUCCUUUCUCGCGAUGAGCGAGCACAACCCGGCUGUUCUCCUCGCCGGUAGCAUCAAAGUUCAUCUCGUGUCGCGUCGCGUCAAUAGAUCGAUUCUCGAGUGCUGGACCCGCAAUAGACUCUAUACAUAAGAAAAUAUAUUAUGCAUAUAUAUAUAUAUGUUUUUAUACACAUAUAAAUGAUAAUAUCACAUGCAUAAUGCAUAUAUAAAUGUGUAUAUAUAUUAUUCUUAUGACCGCUCGCGAAAAGUCAUUUUGAAUCAGCUGAUAUCGAUUUAUUGAUCGGGAGAUCGCGCGUGAUGGAGAGCAAUAAAUCAAAGGGCGGUCGACGAGGGAAUAAUCGGAGGAAAAGCGGCGGCAACAAAGAGAACAAGCGCGAGAUCGAGAGUAUGAAAAACUCGAGGAGCGAGGAAUCCGUCCUGUGGUCGCAUUAUCCCGUGUCCGAUGAUGAGAGCAGGGUGGAUAUCGCGGAAGAGGAGACGUCCCUGGAGCUGGAAAAUUUCGGCAACGGUGGAGGCGAGAAUAAUCCAAAGAGCUCGCUCAUGUGUCCCGCGUUACGUCGGCAAUUGCAAACGCACAGAAACGUUCUACGGCUUCUGCACGAAUACAAGCUGGCCUCCACCCAGAUCAACGGACAGAGGAUCCUCAGCAUCCAGCCGUUUCGAUGGACCGGCCCGACCCCCGGUAUCGAUUGCGAGAUCUUCGUCGGCCGUAUCCCGAAGACGAUCUACGAGGACACCCUGUAUCCCUUGUUCAAGACGAUCGGCGAGGUAUUUCAGAUACGACUGAUGGUGGACAUGGCCGAGUUGACGAGGGGCUACUGCUUUAUCAUGUACACGAAUCCGGAGGACGCGGGACGCGCGAUCGCGCAGUUAGAUCAGUACGAGAUCUCGCCGGGCAAGAAGAUACGAGUCCUGGCGAGCGUAAACAAGUGCAAGCUCUACAUCGGCCCGUUGCCGUGGUUCAUCGCGUCGGAGGAGGUUGUCAGAGUGAUAUAUGCAUCGGCAUGGGAUAUCGAGUACGUGUCUAUUUAUCGAUUUCCGAAUCACGACGCGGCCUAUGCUAUAGUCUCCUUUAAAUCGCAUCGCAAUGCAGCCUUGGCAAGACGAAAAUUGAGACCCGAAAAACUCUUCAAGUGUAACGAGGUACACGUGGAAUGGGCGCGUGUCGACUGGAAUCCUUCUAAUGUGUACGAAGAUCGUGGCACGGUAGACGAUAAGGGCGACGUGCACAUUAUUCGAAAGUAUCUACAAUGUAACAAUAAGAAGACGACUAUGUUAUCGUCGGUUCCAAUGCAGAGCGAGUUUAAUGCUCGCUGCCAGAAGCAACUUCCGCCAAUCUGCCCGCCGUCAUCGCUCGGCGGUACGAGUAACAACGAUCAUGACAACCCCCCCGUCAAAUCUAUUCGCAACUACAACAGCACCCGUUACGCCACCAUGCUAACCAUGUCGGCGACCCUGGACGAUUUCUCGUCGCGCGACAAAAACACGGAGAUGCUGACGGACAUCAAUGACAACGUGCAGAUGCUGGACAUCGUCAAAGAUCAACAGACACGCCAGAAGAGCGAUAUCGACGCGGUAGAUAGCUUCCGCAAUUUUGACAUGUGGAACUCCAAUCUAGUCUCCCAAUUGCCCGGCUCGCCCGCCAACUCCGGCAGCUCCAAGGAAUCGCCGAAUACAACGUAUGAAUCUGCACGUUGCGACUGGAAGAACAACGCGAAAUAUUCGUUGCCGAAGACGACACCGUCUUUCAAUAGAAGCGUUCCCAAUUAUCAUCGCUAUCCCUCUCGCUCUUUCGGCAAGACGAUCGACCAGAAUCAGCUGAUCGUCGCCGAUGCCGUUCGGUAUCAGAGCAUGCAGUAUCAUCAGAAUCGCCCGUCGUGCUACGUCCUGGUGCAGCCUCAGAAUUACCUGUGUCCGAAGAAUGCGAUCGUAACUUAUCCGCAAUCCUCGUUCGUCAAUAAUAUUCCCGAGGAGCAGGCGCGCGUGUCUUUGCUCGCAGGUUGCGAUCGUCGAUCAUUCUUGUAUAACGGCAACCAGAUGGGAUCGAUCGCGAUAGAUAAAGAUCUCAUGGACGGCGAAUUCCGGCGCGAGAGAGUUCCAGGGAAGCCUGCGGAAACUGCGGACACCGCUGCCGAUUUUAAUACGUCCGGUUACGUUCAGAAUUACUCGCCGAACAUCAUGUUGAAUUUUUUGCCGAUCUACGCGUCGGAGAACGGCGGGACGACACCGUGCUUCGUCUCGUUCGACGCGAUGAACGGCAACGACGACAAACGUCCCAGACCGAUCUUGAAGCAGACGACAACCGGUCGCGCUUGGUGAUAAGGAUUUUAUCUUCCUUCUGUCUUCUUUUUUUUUUCAUUUUUUUUUCUUUCGAAGAUUGCUUUACGCAGAUUUUAGAAAAUGACGGCGAUCGGAUACCAAAGAUGGCGUUUUUACGUUUUAUUUCACGUACUCUAAUGAGGGAUAAUUAUAUUAGGAUAUUUCUCUCUUUUUUUUUUUUUUUAUUAUCGAUAUUGCCAUCGAUGCUGCCAAAGACUCGCGUAUAGGUAGUGUUAAGGAUCUUUUUUACGCGUAAGCGUUACUAAAAGCUCAAUCUAGUUCCUUUAGCUUAUAUAACUCGCUCGUUUUAUAGCAUUUUAACGAUGCAAUCUAGUAGUAACAUCUUUGAAACCACGUAUAAUCGUUGGCAUAGAUUUAUUUUUUUACGAUCGAUGCGUAAUCGCAUGAUCUCGUUUGCAAAACGAGAAGAUUUAUACCGGAUUAAGUUUUCACCUUCGCGUCGCCGCGAACGUACUUACUAUACUUAUUUACAGAUAAAAUAGGAGCCAAUCCGAAUAUUCUAAUAAUCGCAUGAUUUUUAAAAGACCUCAGAUUUUUUAUCGUUAUAUUUUUAUUUUUUAUCGUCGCGCGCUCGGGGCGAGAAGAAAGUUCUGGAGAACGCGUUAUCAGAAAAAAAAACAAAACAAUUAUGCAAUAUCAUUCGAAAUCGCGCUAUAUAUUUUAACAAUACAAGACUGCGCAAUUAUAAAAAAGAUGAAGGUAAAAAUGAUGGAUUACAAGUACACGCGCCAGGGCAGAAAUUGGUAUCAUGUUACAAAGAAGGUACGAAUCAUGUAUUCUCCCGAUAAUAUUAUCUAACAUUAAGUUACAGUUAAUAAUCAACAACGCGAUCUCUUUCUCUCGUGCUCCUAUUCUUCUUCGCGCGAAAAAAAAGAACGUAUAUACGUUUUACUACUUAUCGCUGUUCCUAAUGACUAUUAUAUUGUAAGGAAUGAGUUUUUAAGACAAUCACGAUAUCGACGCUUCCGGUCACGAUUCUCGCAAUAUCUACUCUAUCGACGUGAGAUAUCUGUAGUUUUGUUACAACGUAUGUAAUUGCGACGCGUUACAUGGAGGAAGGAGAAGAAGCCGCCGUCUGUCUUUGCGAUUGACCGCAUUUUGGACAAGCGUCUGAUUUCAGUUUAAUAUUCUGCGACUAGAAAAAUAUUUUCGAUCAUCUUCAAUUUUCGCCGACGAUCUUUGACAGAUCGGCUAAUUUCAACUUACAGUUUUAACGCCUCGCGCACGAAGAGAUAAUCGACAAUUGGCACACCGUAGCUUCUUCAAAUCGGUGACUUCGAGCCUGCUCGUUAUCUAUAAAAAGCGAAAAAAGAGAACAUAUAUCUUUUUUAAAAGCAAAUCAAGUAAUUUAAGAGAAAAAAAAGAUUGCUUUUAUCACGAUCGAUUUGACUAGAUAUAUCUUUAUUAUUUUGUUUGCACGAUUUUUCACACAAGUAAAUCUGUUUUAGCCAGACGUUUGUAACAUACAGAGAAAUAUUUUCCGCCCGAAAAGUUGGAAUAAAAAUCAUAAUAACACACAUA